AUGUUGAUAUUUUUGCAUCCUUCUAACAAGUAUCCAAAACCUGAAGAUAUUGACAAAAUAAUCAGUGCGGAAGUGCUCGACCCAAACAAGGAUCCUAAGCUAUACAAUUUGGUUAAAACUCAUAUGGUUCAUGGACCUUGUGGUUUGGAAAAUCUAAGAUCACCUUACAUGAAAGAUGGCAAAUGCUCCAAGUAUUACCCCAAGAAAUUUCAGCCAACAACUAUAGUUGAUCAAGAUGGCUAUCCUGUUUAUAGGAGAAAAGAUAAUGGACACACAAUUGAUAAAAAUGGAAUCAUCCUUCACAAUGGACAUGUAGUACCUCACAACCCAAGUUUAUUGUUAAAGUAUGAAGCACACAUCAACAUGGAAUGGUGCAAUCAGAGUACUUCUAUUAAAUACUUAUUCAAGUAUAUCAACAAAGGUUCUGAUAGAAUUUCAGUUGUUAUUCAAUCUUCGGAUGAAAAUAUAAUUGGUGAGAAGAAGAGCAUUGAUGAAAUCAAGAAAUAUCUAAAUUGUCGUUACAUCUCCCCAAGUGAGGCAUGUUGGAGGAUUUUCUCAUAUUCUAUACACGAUAGGAAACCAAUAGUUGAGAGAUUGUUUUUUCACAUGGAAGGAGAGAAUUCAGUUUACUACAAAGACUUUGAGCAAAUUGGAAAUGUUUUACUCAAACCAAGUGUUACCGAAUCUAUGUUUACAACAUGGUUUGAAGCUAAGAAAAUCUUUGAUGAAGAUAAAUUGUUGACAUAUGAAUUAACACUUACUGAUGAAGAAAUCAAAGAACUGAUGCUUAUUGCAAUAGAAAUUCAGUUACAAAAGAACAAUAGAAGUUUGAAGGACUUUAAGCCGACGUCGUAUCCAAAUGACUUUGUAGUUACUUUUAUUGGAAAUCAACUGGUUUAUAAAGAUAUAUAUCAACAUAAUGUCACGUUAGUUUUAUUUGUAGGUAAAGAGAAACACAUUUAUUCUGAAGUCAUGGAUGCGGUAGAAAGACAAAAUGGUGGAGUUUUUUUUUUAUAUGGCUAUGAUGGAACAGGUAAAACAUUUAUGUGGAACACUUUGGCUGCAACACUACGUUAUAAACACAAAAUUGUUUUGCCUGUUGCCUCAAGUGAGAUUGCAAGUUUGUUGUUACUAGGUGGAAGAACCGCCCAUUCUAGGUUUAAGAUUCCUGUCCCUAAUUUAGAAUCCUCAAUUUGCAACAUUGACAAAAAAGAUGAACUUGUUGACCUUUUAAGGUUGACAAAUCUUAUUAUAUGGGAUGAGACUCAAAUGGCUAACAAGUUUUGUUUUGAAGCUCUAGAUAAAUCUUUGAAAGAUAUUAUGAGUGAUAUUCCUCAAGUUUCUAAGAAACUAUUUGGAGGAAAAUGUAGAGUCCUCAAGCUUACAAAAAAAUAUGUGCCUUCAAAGUGGUAUAACAAAGAGGAAGUCCGCUUAUUUUCUGAGUGGAUAUUGCAUAUAGGAGAUGAUACCUUAUCUGAGCCUGACGAUGGUUAUGUUGACAUUUCAAUUCCAGAUGAGUUUAUAAUUUCUAAUUUCUCAAAUCCUAUUGUGGCUAUUGUGGAGAGUACCUAUCCCGAUAUGAUACAUAACUACCACGAUCCCAAAUAUCUGCAAAGUCGUGCAAUAUUGACUUCAACAAUUGAAGUUGUCGAUGAUAUUAAUCAAUACAUCACAAUUUUUCUUCCAAGUAUUACACAUGUUGUUUCAUUGAGAAGAAAAGAAAUAUUAUCAACAACUACAGACUUCGAUGCAUUUGAGCACAUGACUCCUAAAUUUUUAAACGCUCUGAAAACUUCUGGAUUGCCUAAUCAUUCAAUCAAAUUAAAGAUUGGUACAACUAUUAUGUUGAUGCACAACUUAGAUCAGUCCGAAGCUUUACACAAUGGUACAAGACUGACUGUAACAAGGUUUGUUAAUCAUGUCAUUGAAGCUAAGAUAAUUUCAGGAAAAAAUAUGGGUAACACCAUUUAUGUUCCUAGAAUGUCUCUGUCCCCGUCAAAAUCACCAUGGCCAUUUAAGUUGGUGCGAAGACAAUUCCCCAUUAUUGUUUCUUUUGCUAUGACAAUUAACAAAUCACAAGGUCAAUCCUUAGACAAUGUUGGAUUAUACCUAUCAAAUGAUGUUUUUAGUCAUGGUCAAUUGUAUGUGGCAAUGUCUCGUUUUAAGAGUAAACAAGGUCUCAAAAUUUAG